AGCUUCUGGCUCGAUGCACUGAGCCGCGUCCCCCAGGCGUGCUGUCGGGGGCAGAGUCGCAGUGACCGAGUGACCGGCCGAGGGCCAUGGGCAAGAAGGACCGGCAGAAGCGGCACAGUAGCUCCAGCCGCAGCAGGAGCCGGCGAAAGGACAAGAAGAAGAAGGAGGAGAAGAAAGCCGAGAAAGCCGAGAAAGCCAAGGUCGAGAAGGAGAAAGUCGAGAAGAGAGACAAAAAGAAAGAAAGGAGAAGGAGCAGAAGCGAGUCCUCCUCUUCGGACAAAGGGAAGGCAAAAGCAAAGGCAAAGCUAUCUGAAAGUUCGGAGGAGGCGCCAAAAGCCACCCGUGAGCUGGCACAGCUGGAUGUGCCGCUGAAAGUGAGCGGCUGCCAAAAUAAAGUCAUCAGCGAGAUUGUGAAAGGCAUUUACUUUCGGCAUGGAAGUAACCAUGGAAAGCCAGUGUACAAGAAGAAGCCUGAGGAAAUCCCAGAUGAAGAAGAGGAUAUAGAUGUGCUGAUCUAUUUUUGGGACGAUCGGGACGGUGAAGAGAACUGUGGCUGGUGGUUCAGUCCCAGCGUUGGUGGCGAGAUGGUGUGGGCUUACCACCCGAGCCGCAAGGCUACCACUCCGCCCCCGGCUGAGUGGAACGUGCCGCACGAUGGCCAAAUUGACAAGACCUUCACGGUGACUGCAGCGCCAGAACUGGCCAAGGAGGAAAAGGAGAAGGAGGAAGAAGACGACGAAGAGGAGGAGGAAGAGGAAGAGGAGGAAGACGACGAAGUCUCCAAGCCCAAAGAGGAGGAGAAGGAGCCGGAUCUCAGCGGCCUGAGCCCCGAGGAGCGAGAGCUGGCCAUCCAGGAGGCCGAGGAUCGGCGCAUCAUGGAGCAGCUGCGGAAGCGCGAGGAGGAGCGCAAGAGGAAGUUGGAGGAGAUGCGACUCAAGAAAGAGAAGCCGGAGAGAGAAGAGGAGAAAGAGAAGGAGAAGGAGGAGAAGGAGGUGAAGAAGAAGAAAAAAGAGAAGAAGAAGGAGAAGGAAGAGAAGCGUAAGGAGGAAGAGAGGGCUAAGGAGGAGGAGCGUAAGCGAGAAGAGCGGCGAAAAGAGGAGCGAGAGGAAGAGAGGCGACAGGAGGAGGAGCGGGAGCGCCGACGCAGGCGCGAGGAGGAGCGGAAGGAGGAAGAGCGGCGAGAAGAAGAACGGCGGCGUGAGCGCGCCGAGCGAGCCGAGCGAGAGGCUCGAGAGGAGCGCGAGCGAGUCGAGCGAGAGGAGAGGCGUCGCCGCAAGGAGCGCGAGGAGCGCGAAGAAGAGGAGCGCCGAGAGGAGGAAAGACGUCGACGCAAGGAAGAGGAAGAAAGAAAGCGGCGUGACGACGAGCGGAAAAGAAGGGAGGAGGAAGAGCUCAAGAAGGAGGAGGAACGGCGUCGCAAGCGUGAGCAAGAAGAGGAGGAGGAAAGAAAGCGGCGACGGGUGCAAGAAGAAAAGGAGGAGGCCGAAAGAGCACGGCGAAAGGAAGCAGAGCGACAGAAGAAAGAGGAGGAGCGUCGGAGACUGGAGGAGAAGACCCAGCGCAAACUCGAAGAGCGACGGCGCAGGGCCGGCGGCGAAGAUGACCGGGACAGAAGAGACAGAAGGUCCGAGAGGUCAGAGAGCCGGGUGGAGGAAAGGAGGGACAGGUCGGACAAGUAUGAGAGGCAGGAAAAGGAGGACAAGCAGCAAAGGGCCAUUCAGGCAGUUACGUCAUGCUUUCAGCGGAUGUCAAAUGCGAACAUGAUGAAUUUCGAGAACGUGAAGGCAGACUUCGAGCGCAUCAUGGCAUCCGAACUCCCUUGCACCGGGGAGAAGGAAGCGGCUCUGAGAUCCGAGUCGGCUAUGAUCCUGUCCAGCGCCGAAGAGAAGGUUUGCAAGGAGAGGAAGGCCCACGAGGAGGAGCUAAGGAAGAGGGCGGAGGAAGAGAAGCUUCGUCUGGAGCAGGAGGCCAAAGCCAAGCGCCAGCAGGCGGCCAACCUCAACGUGUUGAAGGCGUUGCAAAAGCUGUCGGACGCCACGCCCCAGAACUGGCAGCAAAUGAGCUCGGAGUUCCACGAGGUGAUGAAGACGGAGCUGCCGGAUUGCGGGGAUCAGCGAGAGGCGCUCCAGGCCGAGGCGGACCGAGUCUUCGGAUAUGCGGAGCAGUACGUGAAGCAGAUGGAGGAGCGGCAGAAGGAGCAGGAGGAGAAGGAGAAGCAGCGCCAGCAGGAGCUCCGCGUCAAGGAGCAGCAGACCCGGGACCAGGUGGCCGAGCUGGAAAACCUGUUGACCAAGGUCGAGGAGGAGGCUCACAAGGCGCGCUCUGCCACGGAGCAUCUUUACCAGCUGCUGAACUCGGCUUCUGCCCGGGAGAGCUUGGCGAGCUUGGCUUCGGCCUUCCCGGCCCGGGCGGAGGAGGCCUUGCGGAGCGGCAAGGCGGCGCAGCGCCUGGGGACCCAGGCCAUGAGCGCCUGCGAAACGGCCUGGAAGCUUCUGGAGCAGCAGCGCAUGCCGAUGCUCGAGGUGGAGACGCUGCGGAACGAGGUGGCCGUCUUCAUCCAGCGCUCCGAGGCGCGGAUGCAGAGUGCUCAGAUGGUAGCCCAGCAGGCCAUCCGUAUGGCCUCCGACAGCCGGGAGCGCAUCAGCAACACUGCGGCCCCUCUCUUGUGGGAUCGCAAGAACGGGGACGUCUUUCGCAAGUACGACCAGGACGAGGACGGCUUGCUUUCUCGGAGUGAGGUGGCCAACUUGGCGCGCCUGGAGUACGGCUUCGCCCUGCCCGUGGCCAACUUGGACCGGAUCUUCGGCUCCGGCAACGGCUUGGAGCCCACGCGUUUCCAGCAGCUCAGGGCCGCGGUGGGCAUCGCUCGGUUCGAGGCCCGCGCCAAGCUAGCGAAGCUUAAGGCGAAGCAGGCGAAGCCCGAGGUCAAGGAGGGCAAGGGCACCGAGGUGAAAGACGAGGAGGAGAAGGAGGGCACCGAAGUGAAGAAGGAGAAGGAGAAGGAAGAGAAGGAAGAGAAGGAAGAGAAGGAGAAAGAAGCAAUGAAAGAGCUUGAAGAGAAGGUGAGAGCAGAGUAUUUGGCUUGCCUGAAACAGCAGCAGCACGCCAUUGGCAAAGAGGUGGAGGCCAUUGCCUGGGCUCCCUUGGAGGCAAAGAUCGGGGACGUGGAGCAGAGUUCUGCGAGUUUUGUGGCCUCGGCUUGCGGUGAGCCAACGGAAGCGUUGGUGCAGCUGGAGGGUGCCUUUGAUGCCGCGCUGCAGGCGGCCCGGAAUGCGGUCCCCGGCUUUCAGCAGCACCUCCGCAGCCUGCGCCACCAGGCACUGCAACUUCAGCUCAAGCGCCAAGCCGCGGAUAAAGCCGACGAGGGAUCCAAGGAGCUGCUGACGGAUCGUCUUCUGCAGGAGUCGAAGCGGCUCAGCAAGUUGGAGGCCCGCGUGCUGCUUGCGGAGCGCCGCGCCGCCGAGGGCAGGAAGGUCACGCAGCGGCUCCAAGCACACAAGGUGGAAGAGGUGCGGGCAGAGGUGGCCCUGAAGCUGCGGCAGUGCAUCGAGCAGCUGGGCGGCAAGGCAGUGGAUCUCUUCCAAAUCAUCGCCAAGGGCGAGGACAUCGCCUCCGUGGAAGAGGCUCACACCUUCUUAAAGGAGAACAAUUGUGACGUGGAGAUGGAGAAGCUGACCAGAGCUUUUGGUGCCUGCAAGAGCUCCGGUGGCGAGCCUGCGAAGGUAACCCGGGAGGAGUUUGCCAGGCUGAUCCGGGUGGUCUACGAGGUGGUGCGGGACGUGGGCAUCACCGAGACCUUGAGCCUCGGGCCCCCGAUGCGGCCCCUGGCGCUCGGCGAGCUCGUGGAGGUCCAAGCCGGGCCCAAGGCAGAGCCGUCAGAGGGCCUGCAGCGCAUCCAUGCGCGCGCCCAACUUGACGGCGCCCUGGGCUGGGUCACGCUCUCAAGCAGUGAGGGCCCUUAUCUUGCGAGAAGCAAGGCAGCUGCGUAGGCAGCUGCACAGUCGAGCGUAUCACCUGGCCGAGUGAAGG